AUGAGUGCAGAGGGUGGUAUUCGCUAUAAGCUGAGUCCGACGGACCUUCCUGGCAGCAAGAGUUCAAGUAUUGUUUUCGACCAACCCCGUCCUAGGCUACCAGCUCAGACCAACGGCAUGUGCAUUUACUCCUUUACUUGCUCCAGUGGAGCAGGCUCCAUUCGUCGUACGAGUCGGCGCCUAUCCGCAAAAAAGUACGAGAACACCUGCCCCGGCAUGGAUGAGGAAGGGUGAGGUUAAGAGCAUACGUAGCUCUACCGUGUGGAUCCCAGCGAAGCCUUCCGUGUUAUUUACAAAGUCCCACCUAUAGAAGGUGUGCUAACUCAUGAACUGUCGGCAGAAAUUUCAAAAUGCCUUCUUGUUUCGAAAAGAUUAAUUAAGUAUGGUUGUAAAACUAAUCAGCUUGCAGCAUAAUUCUAUACUGAUCCAGUUACCUCAGGGUACCGGCUUUCGAACGAACUUAUUUUGGACUGCAUGCAAUAACCAUACUCUGCAAAAAAUGACUACUUAGAUAGCAUGCAACUUUCUCGCUGAAUUCCGAUGCCCUUAAAUAUUAAAUUACAUUUCAUGGAAAACAUGCAUAAAAAUAUUCAUUCUUCCACUCAUUCGGCAGAUAACUGCGUCUUCUUCCAAUUUUAUAUUCUAAAGGAGAGUAUAAUUCGGUUUUAAGAAACUUUUCUAAUUCUCGAAUAAUUUUGAGCUCGACCUGCUCUUAUAACUGUAUUCAGGGUUUCGUAAUUACCAGCCGUAUAUUUUCCGUGUACGGCACACCAUGCAUUUCUCUACGGUAUUAAGGGGAGGCCAUAUAAAAUUAAAAAGUGGAUUUUAGCAACAUUGUUAACUUUACAAGCCAUAUUUGUAAAUACAUAUACAUAACGUUUUAUGAACGGCUAUUUUACGGUAUCAAAAAUCUCACAAUUAGAAACUUAUUCUAAACCGAAUUUCACUCCCCAUUCGAGUAUGACAUUAAAGGAGACGUAAUUUAAUACCGAAUAAGUAGAAGAAUAAACAUUUUAAGGCAUAUUUUCGAUGAAAUAUGAUUGAGUUUUAAAGGGCAUCGAAAAUCAAUGAAAAAAUGCACGUUAUUUAAAUAGUCAGCUUUUAAGGAGUAUUGUUUUUUCAUGCAGCCGGCAAGAAAUUUAUUCGAAAGCCGGCAUCCUCAAGCAACUGAAUUAUUAUAAAAUCACGCUGCCCGAUGAUUAGUCUUACAACCCUACUUAAGUAAUCUUUUUGAAACGAACAGGCAUUUCGGAAUUUCGGUUGAGAUUUCAUGAGUUAGUCCACGCACUGUAUUCUGUCAUUCAGAAUAAGGAUGACAGGAGACAGGAAGCAGACGAAGGCUCCGUAGAAAAACCCACAAAAUUGGCCCUAGUAAUAAAACAACUGCGUACGCUUCACUGCGUCCAGGAGAUUAAAUGAACAACAGGGCAGGUAGUUAAAAGCUGCCUGAUAGCUAAAAGCUAGCACCCAGCCAGGCGCUUCGACGUGCGUCAGGAUUUACACAUGCGUCAGGAUUUACACAUGCGUCAGGAUUAAACAUUUCAGUGCCUUUAAUCGCGAAUGCUUCCCGUGCACAAAACCUAUUCCGGGAGAUGUUAAACUCGAAUGAAUUUUCGAAAUACAAAACAUCAUGGCAUCUAAAGAAGAUGAACACGCGAUCUCCGGGACAGUACAUGUAUUAGUCUGAGCUUUCGGUCUCGUACAGGAGACCAUCGUCGGAGACUACGAGAUCGCAGCGUCAAAUGAGCAGUUUUUGUAGUCAAACAAUGAAGGGGGAGAGGGUGGUAUUCGCGUUUAGGCUGAGUCCACGCCGUCUCACGGCGGCGUGACUGUGCGCACCCUUGGCUGAGAAUUGGGUCUCGCCUUUUGGCUGCGGGAACGGAGCGCGUAAUAGCAGGGGGGUAUAUCAACAGCUCUAUUGAUAGGGUUGGUUUCGGACACCCAGGCCUCCAUUAGUUCUCGCCCUGCCUUUUUGCUGGCCCACGCCACUAUCCGCGUGCUCGCGAAGUUGAAUUCGUGGCCUUCCUCCAGGGUGUGAGUGGUGACCUGAGACAACGGGUCGUCUCUCGGGAUUGCCCGCUUAUGCUCUGUUAGUCGUGAGCUAAGUCGUCGUCCGGUCUGUCCUGUGUAGUGGUGAGGGCAGUCCCGACAGGGUAUCUGACAAAUGACACCCGACUGUUCUGCCACGUCUAGUCGCUCCUUCAUUUGCCUGAUUUUCUUGCGCAUGGUCGCUGUCAGACGGUGAGCGAUACCCACGCCGAGCUCUUCAGCGACACGUUCCAUCGCUUCAAACACAUUCUCUAUAUAUGGCAGAGAAUGCCAGCGUGUUGGCGGAUCUCCUCCGUUUGUUCGCCGUGGGUGCGUGUGGAGGCAGCGGCUGACGAAGCUGUUCGGGUAUCCAUUCCUUGCCAGUUGGUGCCGAAGAUGCCGGAGUUCUCAUGCUCGCCCCACUGGCUCACAGCAGUGCGUUUUUACCCUUUGGAAGAAUGUCUUAACACAGCUGCGUUUAUGCACCAUAGAGUGGUUACUAUGGUAGCUGCAAAUGUGAGUCGUGUUAGUCGCCUUUCCGUACACCGUGGUGCUGAGUUCGCCAUUGGGUGUGCGUGUGAAAAGAACGUCAAGGACAGGCAGCCGUUCGGCCGAAUUGAUGGAGGUCCUCGAGCCUUCUCGGAGAAAGUUAACUUUUCUGGCCAUCUACCUGGAUAGAUUGUAAGCGGGGCUGCGUUUCAAGGUAACGAUCGGUCGAAGGGGGACAUUAGGCUUGUGGGCUUGUGAGUAACUCAUAAAAUCCAUACAUGCGUGUGGUACGCGUCAGGACGCCUUACUAGUCAUGGCAUAGAAGGUUACCCUCUGUCAGGGUAAUUCGCUCAUUCUCAGUACUUGUAAUUCGGCUGUAACGGAUCCUUUUAUAUGUGGCCGUCACGGCAUUCUCAUUGGCGCGGGAAACCAUAAUCUCCCCCAAAAAGUAAUCCCACCCGUGCACCGUCACGUGCGUGGCACGCGUAGAUUGGAAGUAUAACUUUGACAGUCACUGCGGCCGAGUUUAUUACCGAUAGGGUGGAUACUGUCUUGCCACCGGAACAAAAUUAUAGAGGCAGGGUGCGAUAAAAGCUACGCAAGUCUACCCCCGCUAUGCACUAUUUCGCGCGCGAGUCCUCGUUAUUGUGUUUACUAUAUGAUGCACGCGAUGAACAUUAGUUGCAACACAUUUUGCUUUUUUUCAUGUAAACCUGGCCAUUUUACGAGUACCACCCAUUUCUUGUGUUUCCCACCACAAGAGUAUUAAUAAAUAAAUUGCAUAUCGAGGUGUUAAUUGAAUACCUGGUUACUUGUACAACGAAAAUAACAUUCAUCUAAUUCAGUCGUCUACUCAUGAAUAAAAGUAAGUAUGCCGUCCUCUUAUUGCACUCCGAUUUAAAAAAAUCGUCGGACAGACUUUCAGCUUGUUUUUUUCAUAAAUGUUUAUGGUAGCGUAUGACAAUGUUUUAAGGAUGGGACUGAACAGUUUUGCACGCUCUUCCAUGUCUGAUGAAGCAGGGAUACUAACCGCGUUCCAGGCGAGGAGUUGGCUAUUAGACAAGAACCCCUACGUGGAGAUUCUGAAGGUGUACAUGAACCCUUUCAAAGGUCAACCAAAAGUCGUAUCUGCUUUUCGACAUGAAAGCGCUCCUUAGAUAACGCAACGGUGUUGACGCUCAUCAAUACCCGUCCAAGUAAUUUAUCGUCGCGAUCGUUUUUUAAAAGACGCCUUCCCGCUGAAAGUCGGUUUUGAAAGGAAAGGCAGGUUUCAGUUUUUAACAACUGCAAUUGGCAAGUUUUCUUCAAAUAUCUGCAAGUCUUUGUAGUGUCGACUAGAAAGUGUGAAAUGUAAUCGUGUCGUCGCCCGAUUUUUAUGAAUGCCAAAAAGACCAAUAAAGUUUAGGGCAGUGAACGCUUGCCUGCAAACACUACAUUUUUGAGGCACCAACACUUGUAUAAGUAGAUAAAGUGAAGCUGUGUUGGGGAAAAAUAUAAAAAUAUCGGACGACCCCUCAGGACUGCGCGUCAGACUGUAAUGGGUCCUCGACAACUUCGCCUUUAUUGCACUCUCACUAAAGUGGGCCAAGAAAUCUCCCCUGACGAUUAUUCCUGUGCAUGUGGUAUGGACAGUGAUGUGCGCAGUGCGCGUAGGGUGGGUGUUCAACCCUGCCAAUCAUUGCGGCCGAGGGCGAAGUAGAUGCCACGAAAGUCUGCCUCUCUCUAAAUUAUUUCACGGACAAGUCGGCGUUGUUGUGCUCAUCGCAUGGGGCACGCGAUGGAUGUUGUCGUUGUUUACGGUCGUUGUAAUUCAUUUUGCUUUUUUGCUGUUAAACCUGGACAUUUUCACGAACACCGUCCCUUUCCUAUGCCUCCAGUCAUAGGAGCGUUAAUAAACAAAUUGCAAAUCAAGGCUUUAAUUGGAUAUCUGACUAUUCGUACAGCGAAACUAAACUUGCUCUAAUAUUGUCGUCUAUACAGGAAUUCAACUUUCUGUUUCCAUAGGCGUUUCUACCGAAUAAUCAAUUUGGCACGCACUAAAUACUGCAUUUCGAAUACUGUGCUAUCCCAGAAGUGCUUAAGCUUAUUAUUCGUUGACAAUAGUUUUGAUGGAAGGAUUAUGUUAUUACCGAAAAAAGACAAGGGAGACUGGAAUGGCCAUUUCUGGCUCAUUAGUCGUCGUCAGCCAGUCAUACCCAACCCCGAAGUGUGCAAUACCCGAGGCUUGAACUCGCGACCUGUUUGUUGGAAGUCCACGCCUCUAACCACUGAGCCACGAGCCCGUUGCCCUGUCGGUAUCGAUCCGGAAUAUGCAAUGGUAGGGGGGGGCUCACCGAUCGUUCUUACGGAACUCAUUCGUUCCGUUGUACCUUGUCUUUGUCGGUAAUAACAUACUGCCCAUAUCAUGCACCGCUGUACGACUGCUGGUUGGGCUAGAUAGAGAGCCCGUAAAGCACAACGGAAGGAAUGAGUUCCGUAAGAACGAUCGGUGAGCGCCCUCUACCAUCGAUGGAAUGUUUUCCAAAAGUAGAACCAAACGUAAGUGUGCCACCCACUUAUAGUUCCUCUAAUGGGCGGUUUUCUAGGCUAGGGAUUGGGAGGAACUACGAAGGUGUGGCUUAAUCUCUUAAAAAGUUGACUAGAAGUCAUGCUUGCUUGCCGACAGAAAACACUUCCUCGAUAAUGCAACGAUGUUGAUGCUAUGUGCACAGGAAGUCAACUGCUGUUGAGGUAAUUGGCAGUUUCGCUUCAAAGUACAAUUAUCUGGGUAAAAUUAAUUUCUUGCAUUCGUCUUUUAAAAGACAUCUCGUUGAAAAAUAAGCUUCGUGGUGGAGCAUCUUGAGGCGCUGAGAACAUUUUAAAUUCUCCGAAAAUCUUGGACCCCACCGGCAGUUACACACGCGUAUGAGGUUUCAAAACUACAUGCUGUAUACUUCAUGAGGAAAGAAUUUCAUUAAAUUCUCUUUCCUAUGGUGAAGACGUCAGAUUGGGAUCUUAGAAUCCUACAGUGAAUAUGGACUGUGUUGUAUGCUGCCUAAGUUUACUUGACAGACAGAGGGACAAGGUGCCGUAUUCAUAGGCAUUUCAUGGCUUUGAAAGUCUCAUAAUAAAAAAACUUUUUCAAGUUGAAAAUAAUGACUUCUAUAGGCGUGUUGUUGCCAAAAGACUCUACAAAUGAAUUUAAAUGUACAUAAUUACCAUAGAAACAGUUUGGAUUUAUAAGGACAUCGGGAAUCAAUGGGGAAAUUCAUAUUGCUUAAGAAGUCAUUUACAACCGAGUGUGGCUUUUGAGAAUGGCUUUAAAAAGCUACCUUAAAAGCCACCAUCUUAGUGUGAGGGGAAUAUCGUGGGAUUUUGCUGAAAGAUAAUCAAUAUUACAACCCAAACUGCGUAUUUCACGAAAUAGGUCAGAUACUGCUAGUAAAUAAUUGUUGACUUUUUCAACUGAAAGUCCAGUGCCUUAAUUAAGCUAUAAAAACAUUUAGAUCUACAGAAUGGCAGAAUUUGAUGCAACUCAUCUAAGACAGUUUCAUUCCUGCGAACAACGCUUAGCAGAUUUCCCAACGGAAUACUUCCAAGACGCCUGCCUGCCUCAUCACUAUCUGCGAACCAGAUACAUCCAAGAUUACUGCCGUGUCUUUGAUGAAUCUCUUUCUCCUAAAGAGGAGAAUCGGAGGAUAAUAGCUCCUGCGCGAACAGUUAAGGCCCAUGGAAAAGACGGAUGAAGGAUAAAAUCCACGCAUAAACAAAAAUAUGUCCAUAUUUUGGGACAUAUGUCUACAACAGUGACUAGCAUAUCUGAAAUCGAGGACGUAUUAUUGCCGUUUAAUGCUUCCAGCUAUUUCAAGCGGUGGCUGAAUUGCCUCAGGCAAAUUUAUGUCUGGUGGCUGUCCAGUCCACUGACUGAAUCUUUACAAAUGUGAGCGCUAGAAGGCUUUUUUAUAGGUCGAGGAUUUUGCGUCCGUCUCACUGGAUCUUCGGCCUUUUGCCUUCCCCCUCUUCCCUUCCCCCCUCAUUGCGAACUCAGCCGUCCCUGCUUGCGUCAUCCGUGUGGUUCUCGACUUCCUCUCCUUCUCCCCCUAUUGCAUCCCCUCUUCUUCCUCCUUCCUAAGCUUCUCCUCAUCGUCGUUGCCCUACUUUUCCUCCUCCCUUUCUUAAACAUCAUCCUCCCCCUUGGCCAGCCUAUCCUCCCUUUCUGCCGCUGCCGCUGCCGCCUCCUUCUCCUCCUCCCCCUCCUCCUCCCCUCCUUCUCCUCCUCUUCCGCCUCCUCCUCCUUCUUCUUCUUCUUCUCCUCCUCCUCCUCCUCCUCCUCCUUAUCCUCCUCCUUUCCCCCUUUCCCUUCUACCUUCCCCCUAACUCCUCCUACUUGUCCUUUCCUCAUCUUCCUUAUUUUUUUCCUGCUCCUCCUACUACCUUUUCUCUUCACCCUCUCGUCCUCUAAUCCUGACGCUGUAUACGCUCCUGCUGUUCUUAAUUCCUAUUUGUCCAGAGAAUAUUCAACAGUCGUUUUUUUGAAACGCAGCCCGCAGUUGCCGGCUUUAUCGAAUAAAGAAAUUCUGUUGCGCUUAAAGUGCAAACUGUCAAACGCGCAUCAGUAG